AUGUCAUUGUGUCCGCAUCAGCUGGUCCGCCCCCGCCUCCAGGCUCUGUUUUCGGCACCAUGUAGGAGCCCCGGCCGCUGGCAGCGGAGCUUGCGGACACCGAAUACGCGACAUGCAUUUCAAUAUGUGUCGAAUCAUACCUCGGCGGCCUCACAACCCGGCGGAGAAGGGCACACCUUUGCAGAUCUCACCGUCGAGCAGUUGAAAAGCAACCGCGAGCAACCCAAAGGUUCAGACUCGGACUUGAACAAGCGACAGAAUCAAAAUUGGAGAUCGGGAAGAACAAAAUCUCAACGGCAGUUCGGCCGUCGCAACUCCAUCGACCAAGAAAAUGAAACAAAUCAAGAUACGAACACAGAUAGUCGGAAUCGCCAGCCCACCGGUCGCCCUCAGCGUCGUCGCAACGAUACUAGCCCGCGAUUAGUGUCUAAAAGAUCUGUCAAGAGGAUAAUGACCUCGGAUGGUCUCAACACUAGACACGCAACCUCUGUACUUCACAGACUUAACAACGAGAUUCAACGUGAGAAAAGAGUUCUCAACAAGAAAUCGGUGGCUCUGGCGACAAGUAUUCGUGGAAGGGCGAUCUAUUCUUCAAAAGGCAUGGGGCUCUCGACGUGGCACCGUGCGUAUGAAGAGAUCUAUAAGGCCAAACAUUACCAGCGUGAAGUCAACGACAUGAGCGUCAUACCGUCAUUGGACAAGGAUGGGCUAGCCAUGUUGGCUAAGAUUCAAGAAGAUUGCAAUGGGCAGUUUCGAGAAGUUUGGCAGGCUAGCCAUCGAGAUGUCAAAGCUGCGCAAUGGCAAGCCUUGGCUUUCUGGCUACUUCAGAAUGAUCCAAAGCUGUUUUUGGAUUUUCUGGUGGUUACAAUGAAGGGCAAGGAGAAGCCGGACUUUACCAUGGUCACGGACUGUCUUCUAUAUGUUGACAACUUCUACUACGCAGAGCUGAAGAAUUGGGAAACUGGCCCUCGCUCACAUUCAUACUCGUGGAUGAUCGAGUAUUGCCUGCGUCCGAGCACUUGGCCCAUAAUCGCACCGCCGCAAAAGGGCAUUCGGCUCUAUAUUCGACGAGCCAGGCCGUACGGUGUCCGAUUGGCUUUCCGUACGAUGAAAGCAAGGAAGAUCAAGUGGAAAGCGGAAACACAGCUGUGCCUAGUGAACCGGUUUACCCAGCUUGGAGAUGCUGAUCGAGCGUUGAGUGCUCUGAAACUCGUCCCAAGGCUUAAGGAUCCUGCCUUCACAAUGAACUCUCAGGGAGUUCUUCGCCACUGCUGCAAGCUGUUGACUUUGGACACCGUCGAGGACAGCGAAGAUGGGCGCAACUUCCGGAUCCUCCCACAAUUGCUGGAGAUGGGUGUUCGACCUGACCGGGACAUGAUGAACGUCGUGCUCUCCAACGCCUUCAAAACCGGCGACCACCAGCUUGGCGCUGACAUGCUUCAAUUUAUGACCAGCCAAGACUACACUUUCGACUCUUAUACCUACGUCACUCUUCUGACUGAUGCGGUUUCCCGGGGAGACCAAGCCCGGGUGCACGAAUUGAUCAACGAGGUCGAUGCGCAAGAAGAAAUCCGCAAGAAUCCAUUCGUCGCCAACAAAAUCUUCCACUCCCACUACGUCUUUACGGCUAAGCAUAUGGAUGUAGAUUCUGACCCCUCUGGUGUUUUCUACUCGAUGCUUGAUAUGUACAACAAACUUCAUGAUAUCACGCCGCUCAAAGAGCUCCUCAUCAUACCCCCUCACUACAAGCCUCAGGAUGAAGGGCCAAAAUCACCCCCAACUCCUAUGGCCCUGUACAUUAUGAUCGCCACAUAUUUCCGCUGCCGGAGCCGUGUCUCGACUGUGCAACGCAUCUACCACCGAUUCCACGAGCUUGUCUGUCAGGGCCAUCCUACCAUUGCCCCACUGGCUGCGACUGAUCACACAUACAAUGAGUUCCUAAUUGCCCUUCGCAAGAGCUCGCGUGCUCUGCAUUCCUGCGUCCGGAUUGUGGAAGAUAUGCUUCAUCCCCCGACUGGCACGGCCAUCGAGCAUACAAAGCCGAGUUACCGUACUUGGGCGAUUCUUCUGAGCGUUUUUAUCUGGCACAGGCGAGCGGCUGCAGCAGAAAAGAUCAAGGAGAUGAUGGCGAAGCACAAAGUCCACUAUAACGACGUGACCUGGAACCUCAUCAUCAACGGCUACGCCAACGCACAGAAAGUGCCAGAGACUGCUGCCGCCAUGAAGGCCAUGGAAGCGGAAGGAUACGCCCUCGACUCCUAUACUAUGAAGUCCCUGCGCUACCUCCGUGACCCGGAGCGUCUCUGGGUUGCUGUGGACGAGCUUGAUAAUGCCACCCAGGAGGCAGACACUGUUCACUCCUCUACGCCACACCGUCCUGCCAUUAUCGAAGAUGUGUUGCGCGAAGAGCUCAUUGAGCAAGGCUUGCAGAAACUUGGCGACAAGAAGAAGUCCAAGGCGUGA